GCGUGUCUAUACUGUCUAUAGUAAAGCGAAAUGUUUUGAUUUGCGUACAUACGUACGUCCAGUGGUCAAAACACGUUAAUUACAUAAUUACAGUUUGGCUGAACACGUCAUAAUUUUUCUCAAAGUUAGAAAAAUGCUCGAUUUAAGGCACGUGAAGCUGAAAUAAUCAGCCGUUGAUGAACCACAACAUGCGUGUCCUUCUCGGCAUUUGCCUUCUGUGCGGGGCUUCCGCCCUCGGGACAGUGGGCUACCUGCUGACCCGGUUACUUUCUCCAACACCAUGGUCCUUUCUUGGGUUGAUUUACGUCAUCGGGGUCGCCUGGUUGACCUCUCUCUUUGCCCAGUCCGCACUUGAAUCGCUGCUCGAUGUUCAAAAACCCUUAUCUGUUUCCAGCGUUGACUCAUACAUCAGCAUGGCCAGAGACGUCGGACUGCUGAGACGAAGCAAGCCAGUCAUACAAACAGACCAAUCGGACGCCGUCCAGUGCGAGGUGGAACUGUUGCUCGGAGAGUUGCAUGCAAUCCUUAUCACCGGCUGGUUUGACUCGCUGAGUCCGAGGGAUGCUGAUUUUCCUAGAGCGUCUCGGGUGGCCUUUUCAAGAGCGGCCGUGGAGGUGGAAACGUGUAUUCGAAAGGUCAACCCUGUUGAGGCUGCAAGGGCUGUGCUUAUUCUUGCUAUUGGACAUGCUCGGAGAAUUAAAGGAGGACCCUGGCCAAAGACUGAUGAAGAGGUUGCUUUGAAUACCACUGCCGAGGCUUUGGUCAUGUCUCUCCUACCUCCCGAGUUGUGUUGCCCACCGACUGGGCCACUUCUUUCAGCCCUGUUGGCUCACGGAGCCCUUAGUCGUGCCCUUUCUCUAGUCGCCGACCCUGGUUGGUUGCAGACCCAAAUUGCAUGGGCCUUGGGAGGCCAAACGGAGACCCCGAUGGAACGACCUCGGACUCUGACGCUCAGCAAAGUGACCAAAGAGGAAGAAGAAUUUGAAGACCCACUGACCAAAGAAGAGGAGGCGGAAGCCACUCCUGAAUAUGAAGAGGCAAGUGACCUGGCUUCGUCCAUAGCUAAACUCAGGGCCCUCCUUGCUGCCAAAGACGAAGCCGAAAAAGCUUCGGAACUGCCUAAUGAUGACAGGCCCUUUAUGAAUUUGUCCAUUGUGGGCAACGAAGUCGUGGCUGAAGGAAGUGGAAUGCCCUAUGUCUUGUACUGUGUUCAGUAUGAAGUUGUCGUCAUGGGAGACGGAGGCCCUCGUUUGGCUGUUGUUCAAGUGAAACGCAGAUUCCAGGAGUUUUUAAAUCUACAGUCUCGUUUGGAAGAGCAACCACAUUUAAAAGCAGCAUUAAGAGGAGUAAAAGGUCCUUCGAAGUGGUUGGCUCUUGCAUUUAGCAAAGCAGGGCAGCAAACUACAGCUCAACGCCAGCCGGUCUUGGAGAGAUACCUUCAGCAACUCUGCGAACAACCUGUUUUGGCCCGAUGUGAGGCGCUGCAGUCUUUCUUGGCUUACGGGAGUCCAACUGCGAUGGCCUACACCAGAGGCUCGUCCGAACGCCUAGAUCGGCUACUGGCUCGGACGGUCAGCGAUGUCUUUCACACCAUCAAAACCGCCCUGCCCAACUUUGAGGACCAAAUAGCUGAGCAAACUGAACUUAAUGGCCACUUUGAUGUCAAACACUCUUUCAUGGAGAGGCCUCCGCAGCUGAAGGAGGUCAGCAGAGAUGUCAAGCGUUUCCUAUCAUCGAGGGUUGUGGAAGCUGCCAGUGAAGCUUUACCUGAGAGACCCUCUUCUCCUUUGACCCCUAUUGGGCCCAACCCCCUACCUCAAGCUUCCCUGGUCAGCUUGACAGAAGUGCUCGUUCGAGAAAUCUUUCCAUCGUGCUGGCUCUGGAAAAGCCCCCUGCUCGGAUCAAUUAAAAUCCUUCUUUCCCACUGGCUCGAACACCGCCUCCAGACUAUUGCUACCGAUCUAUGGUCAUCUUAUUCUGCACUUGUCUUUCUAAGGCUUUGCAGGAUUGCCUUGGCUCCUGGUCCGCCAUUAGUCCGACCAACUAGAGAAGAAGGACAUCGAGCCCUGGCGUCUGUUCUUGUUCCUCCGACUUGGCUUUCGAUCGCACUGGGAAAAGGUGGUGUCACAGAAGGAAGAGAUCUGAUUCUCAGAGCGUUUGCAUGUGAAACAAGCAACAGGCAGCUCGGCCUAGAUGUGGCUCUAUUAGCCACUUUUUUAGCAACCAAUUGAAGAAAAAGCUCUGCGAAUAUAUUAUUUAAAUAAGCUGCAUUUUAUUUAGAGUGGCUGUGUUGAAACCUCUUGAAAUAUUCUGGUCAUUUAAUGCUACGAAUGAAUGUUAAAAAAAUAUUGUUUCAACGAUGUUCUCUCUGCCAUAUUUUUGAUUGUACGAUUGAACUGAAUUUUGACACAACCAUUCCUCAAGCCAGUGAUGUGUGUUAUGUGAUAAGUGUUUCAAAAUAAAAUUUAUCUGGUACAAAAUUAA